ACACAUGGCACACUGCUUAGUCCCUUAUAUUUCACAGCGCGUGUUUCUCGCAUGUUUCAUAAUUAUCAAUCGACUUACAUAUUUGAUAAUUUAAGACAGAGGACUGGUAGUGCACCAAAAUGAAAGUCAAGGUGCUCUCCAGAAAUCCUGAUGAAUAUCUGAGAGAAACCAAACGUGAUAUUCAUAAAGUUCCCAGAAACUACGAUCCAUCUCUGCAUCCGUUUGAGGCGGCGAGAGAGUACACAAGGGCUGUAAAUGCAGUCAAGCUAGAGAGAGUAUUCGCUAAGCCAUUUAUAGGGAGUUUGGAUGGCCACAAAGACAGUGUGUCUUGUCUUUCUAAGCACCCUCUGAAGCUAUCGACUCUUUUGAGUGGGGCAUUCGAUGGAGAGAUUAAAGUGUGGAAUUUAUCGCAACGCAUAUGCGAGCGCUCAUUUCUUGCUCACGACGGCAUUGUUAGGGGCAUUGCAUUUUCACCAAAUGGAGAAAACUUCCUCAGUAUCGGCGAUGACAAAACUAUAAAGACCUGGAAGGCCGAAAGUUCAAUAACGGGAGAACAGGAGGAUCCAAUUAACACCAUCGUCAGCAAGACCGUCCUAACAGCCUUGAGUCAUCAUCGAAAAGAUCCUGUGUUUGCGACCUGUGGUGAGACAUGUCAAAUCUGGGAAGAGACCAGAAAUGAACCUGUGCGGACUUUGAAGUGGGGUGUAGACAGUUUACAUGAUGUUAAAUUUAACCCAAUCCAAACGAACUUGUUGGUUGCCUGUGCCAGCGACAGAAGUACAAUUUUAUAUGAUACGAGGGAAUCUGGUCCGCUGCGAAAAGUAGUUAUGAAGCUAAGAAACAAUAAGAUAUCGUGGAAUCCGAUGGAGGCUUUUGUUUUUACCUGCGCCAGCGAGGAUUACAACCUGUACACGUUUGAUACUCGAAAAUUGAAGUCUCCUGUGAACGUGCAUAUGGAUCACGUUGGAGCAGUUGUAGAUGUAGAUUACGCUCCAACGGGCAAGGAAUUUGUUUCUGGAGGUUACGAUAAAUCAAUCCGAAUUUUCGAGGUGAGCAAAGGUCAUUCGCGAGAUGUUUAUCACACAAAACGUAUGCAAAGGCUUACUUGUGUGGCGUGGUCCCUAGAUGAUAAGUACGUAUUGUGUGGUAGCGACGAGAUGAACAUCAGAGUUUGGAAGUCUAGGGCUUCCGAGAAGCUUGGAGUGUUGAAACCAAGAGAGAAGGCGGCCCUCAAUUACAGCGAAGCUUUGAAAGAAAAGUUCGCCAGUCAUCCACAGGUUCGGAAAAUUGCUCGUAAAAGACACGUGCCUAAGCACAUCUAUAACGCUCAGGCCGAGCUUCGUACAUUACGAGAGAAAGUUAAGCGAAAGGAAAGCAACAGACGAGCUCACUCGAAACCGGGCGCAGUGCCAUUCGUGUCUGAAAGAUCUAGACAUGUUGUUCGUGAAGAUGAAUGAAUGGAAAAAUUAUAAUUAAUAAAAGGUUAUUUUCUUUCCAAUAAAUGUCCGGAAAUUUUUCAA